AGAACCCUUUACGCAAUCUUUGUAGCGGUCUAUAAGCUCAGGAGCUAACAUGUCCCUUCCUUCAGCCAGCAAGUUGCAUGCUCCAUGGUGAACCUUGACCACAAAGUACACUGGAGAUGUUCAUUUUGUUAAAUUUGCAAUUCAUUAAGAUCCACACAACGGAUGCUUGAGGAGUGUGCUAGACUCCAAAGCGCAGCCCUAUCGCCUACAGCGCGAGCGGCGCUGCCCUGCAAGCCUGCGCUCAAGCGGCAAGGCAGGAGGAGUAUAUGGCCACCAGCAAUUACUCGCUGGUCGCCACUGGCGCUCGAUGCUGCGGUAUCGCGUUUCCAGCGUCGCUCGCGGGGCAUGGCCGUAGCUGCAAUUCCCUCCGACGAGCAGCUGUUGAGGAGCAUGAUGGACGACCCCGGCAUUUCCGAUGACCGGGGCGACGGCACGGCGGCAGCCAGCACGGCGGCCCCCUCGCGCGCCCGGAGCCGUGCCACCGGCGGCGGCUCACCCGCACCUGCGGCCGCGGCACCCGCUGCUACGGCGCCAGCACGGCGGCGGCAUGUGGUACGGCAGCGCGCUCGUACCCCUGGCGCCGGUGUGGGGGCCCGACCUGCGCCGCCUGAGGGGCCGGCGGGUGUCGCCUCACCCGCUGCAGCCGCCGACGCAGGGAGCAGCGGGGGCGCCCGGGGCCCGUCGGGAUGCUGCCUGCGGGACGAGCUGCUGCUGCUUCCGGCCGAGGUGCUCAAGGCAAUGCUGGAGGAGCGGUGGAGUGGCGGGCAGGAC